CAUUAGAUUUGUGCAUGUCCAGACACACUAGACUAAAUAAACCAGCUAGACUCUAUCUCAUUUGAUUGUGAUUUGAUGGAAGUUGAGAUUUUGUCUCAGGUGAAGCAGCAGCAACAGAAGAAGAAGAAGAAAAUCAGCAAGUGGAGGUGCGUGGUGUGCAACCAAAUGCAGUCUGUUUGCAAAGUGUUCGCGCAGGGAUUCGUCGCCAAGGACCUCCGCAGCUUCAUCCAGUCCUUCAACAUGUCCAGCGCCAUUACCGAACCACCCCCACUUCCACUUCCACAAUUCCAAGAAGAAGAAGAAGAAGAGGAUAUUGUCCACGACGCUCCCGUUCAUAAUAACAAGAGACGAAGCGAUUGGAGUCAAUUCCUUGAUCCUGUGGCAGUGGAAGAGCAGCAGGUUGAGGAAGAAAGUGAUUUUGAGCCUAAGAUUGUGACAGAGUUGCCAGAGGAUUUGUUCAAGAAACAAAAACUCAAUGCCAAUGCAGACCUUUACAAGCCAGUUUUCUCCAACAGAAAUUCCACCGCCAAAAAUGUCAUCUCCCCAAGUAAUUCUCUCUUCUCUUCCUUUUUUUUUUUUUUUUUUUUUUUGGUGAUGUGAUUCAUUUAUAUGCUAAAUACAACCAAAAAAAUAUUGAAGAAAAGAUUCUCUCCUACUCAUGUUUGUUUGGACACCACUGAUUAAAUAAAAAUAAAAAAAAGAUAUUCUGCAGCCUCAAGUUUACAGGGACUUCACAACCAAAUGCAGCAAGGACUAUGGCUUCAGGAGGCAGAGAAAGUGACAAAAUAACAAGCACUUGAAAAUCCAAAAGUUCUUAAACUUGAGUGUAGCUCUGUAAUUAACAACCU